GCCCUCCCCCGGCUCUCCCCGCUCUGAGCACCCCGAGCCGGCCGGGCCGAGCCGAGCAGCGCCGCGCCGCCUCCGGGGGAGCCCCCUGAGCGCAACAGUUGCCCCCAAGCCGCGGCCACCGCCCCCCGCACCCGGGGGAGCCCCCGGGGGACCCUUCGGCACCGGGAGGAGGCUGCGCGGAAGAGCCGCCGCCGCUUCGCCGAGGCACCGCCGCUCGCAGCGCCCGGAGCUGCCCGGAUCCGGCGGUUCUGCCUCUCCCGGCGAUGGAGCGGAGCCGAGGGGCCGAGCCGCGGCUCCUCCCGGCCGGGCGCAGCCGCCCCAUCCUCCGCCUGCGGGAGCGGAGCCGCCCCGCCGCCUGGCAGCGACCCCUCUGCUGAACCCCCCCCGGCCCCAUCCCGCACCCCCCCCGGAGCUCCCGGGCAUCCUCGGGACCUCCCGCGCAUCCCAACCCUUUGUGCAUCCCCCAAACCCCUUUGUGCGCUCCUAACCCCUCGUGCGUCCCCUCCACCCCCCUGUGCCCCCCUUGUGCCCCCCCAGCCUCGCCACCCUCCCUUUGCAUGCAGCCGCCGGGCUGCGGGAGCCGCUGGCCAUGGGCACGAAGCAGACCAAGGGCUGCCAGCCGGGCAGCGCCGGGGAGAGCCCCCCGGGCCACCACCGCAAGAAGGCGGCCCCCAGGGAAAGGGGCGAUUUCCUCGCUUCCCUCGUGGUGAAGUCCGGCGAGAAGUUCGGGAAGGGGGCUGGCGGCAGCUUGCCCCCGUACCACCGGCGGAUCUGCAUGAUCCAGGACAUGCUGCUGCUGGUCAAGCAGGGCAAGCAGGAAGAGGCCACCGAGCUGCUGAAGAACCUGCGGCAGGAUUUAGGGAUGGAGUCGACCUCUCUGGAUGAUGUCCUCUAUCGAUACGCCAGCUUCCGAAACCUGGUGGAUCCCAUCACUCACGACCUGAUCAUCAGCCUGGCAAGAUACAUCCACUGCCCCAAACCAGAAGGGGACUCCCUGGGAGCCAUGGAGAAGCUCUGCAGGCAGCUCACCUACCACCUGAGCCCCCACUCGCAGUGGAGACGCCAGGGCAUCAUGAAGAGGAAGCCGCAGUCCUGCCUGAAGGCCGUGCUGAUGGGGAAGCCCCAGGACAACACCGUGGACUUGUCGGGGAUCCCUCUGACCCUGAAGGACCUGGAGAGGGUCACGUCCUACCUGGAGCACAGCUCGGAGCACAUCGACACGGUGGAGCUGUGCUUCACCGAGCUGACGGACGAGAUGCUGCUGCAGCUGCUGCCCGCGCUCUGCGGCCUCCCCCGCCUCACCACCCUGGCCCUCAACGGCAACCGCCUCACCAAGGCCAUCCUGAGGGACCUCACCGAGACCCUCAAGGACCCCAAGAAGUUCCCCAGCGUCACCUGGAUCGACCUGGGCAACAACGUGGACAUUUUCUCCCUGCCCCAGCCCUUCCUGGUCAGCCUGAAGAGGCGCUGCCCCAAGCAGGGCAAUUUGCCGACCAUCCUGGAGUUUGGGGAGGGCCAGGUCAGCGAUUUGGAGGGGCAGGAGGGCCUGGGGGACAGCCAGGAGGAGCUGAGGGCUGGGCCAGGCCAGGCUGGCAGCACGGACUCGGAGCAGACGGACAGAACAGACGAGGCUGGGGAGCUCCCUGGCUCAGCCCAAGGUGCUGCCACACCACAGACAUGAUGUCCAGCCCUUGGGUGGGCACCUUGAGCAAGGAUGACUUAAAACCUCAGUGUUGGGGGGGGGUCUGUUCCCACUCCUGGAUGCUCCAGGAGUCCCAACUGCUGCCUUCCCCCUGUGCCAUGAAUGUCAGUGAUUUUCUUCUCGAAGAACACGUAAAAGUGAUCUCGUGGAGUAUUUGUAUUUUCUAAAAGCUGGCCAGGUGUUUUGAAGCAUUAGUGGUGUGCUGUGCUUUUGGCUCUCUCCGAAAUGGGUCCCCAAGGGGCUGCAAAACCUUAGAAGGGCAGGAAAAGGGAGCGGGGAGGUGCCCAGGCUGUGCAGGGCAGGGCUCCCUUCCCUCAGUGCUGGAUCUCAGCUGCUCUCCACGUGUGAUGGACAGACAGCAAACCCCAAAGGGACCUGCCUGGGAUAAACCUUCAAUCCUUCCCACUCCUGAUGAGAGGCGUGGCUGCUAAGACAGAACAAAAACCUGCUCACACACUAACCAGGCGUGUUCCUGUCAAUAUUGUGAGCCCAGUGUGGAGGGAGAGCUUUGCUUUCUUGGGGCAGGGCUAAAUCCCAGCCUGCAGCGUGCCUGGACACCACCCUCACCCUCCAGCCUUACCAAAAGCAGGCUGGCACCUGUGCCUGCCCAGGAUUUAUUCAGUAAAACCCAGUUUCCCACCAGCUGUAAAAACUCCUGAGGUUUUAAUGGGAGCAUCUGAUCCAUUCUGGGAGGGACACACAAAUGCUGGAGUCAGGGCUCAGGAGCAUUGCUGACAAAAAGAAACAAUGAUACUGAAGGGUUAUAAAAGGAAAAACAACCCUGGGGUUCAUCCCUCUCUCACUGCCACCACAGGCUGGACUCAGCUAGCUGGGAUUUAAAGCCUCAGAAAGCCUUUGGGUCACUUGGCUGUGGCUGUUGCCCCCUGGACCAGAAGUGCUUUGUUUCCAUUCUUUUUCUAAGGCAGGGGUUUGGCUUUAUUGUCUUUUCGAUGGGAAAUGGAUCCCCCCAGAGCAGCAGCACUGGAAUGUGCACUUUGGCUUUUUGGAACCAGAAUUUCAUUGGAUCCCAAACCUGGGGGAGGGCAGGAAAGUGGGAAAAACUUCCUUUCCUUUGUGUUCCAAGGACCAGACCAGACUCAUUUUGCAGGGAGUUCCAAGCCCUUCCCCUGACCAGCUCCCACCAGUGACUCCAGCUUGGCUUUUUUUGGGUGCAAACAGACUUUUGGCUCUGUCCAUUUUUCCAGAGGGGCUUUCAGGCUGCCAGUGGUUGUUUGUCCUCCAUCUGCAAGAAGGUAACUUAGAAAAAACUCUGCUACUUUUAAUCCAUUUGGCAACACUCAGUAUGAUUUGCAUGUAUCCAAGCCUUUUUUCCUUAUUGUUUUUUUUUUUUUUUAAAUUCUAACUCUUUCCAGCAGGCAUGAAAAAAAAAAAACAACUUUC